AUCCUAGAAUUUGUGUCUUCCUUCUUCUCAAAGCAAUUACAAAGUUAUUGUUAAGCUUUUUGGUGUGUCCUUUAGGUAUGUGCCAGUCGGGCUACACCAUUCCCAUGAACUAAGUGCAUCUCAGAAUGAUAUUGCUACCCAUCCUGCUGCUAUAUGCCACAUGGACGACGCUGGUGCAAGCAGACAGCUGUCCACCCUCGGAGGCAAUUCUGCCUUGUCGCUGUUCACUGCGUGGCAAGGAGAUACAAAUAUGGUGCUCGCACAGCAAUUUGCCACAGAUUAUGGAUGGCCUGAAAUCCGUGGAGCGGAAUAUUAAGACCAAAAUCGAUGAGUUGGUGCUGGAGAACAAUCAGCUGCCGGCACUGCCUGGACGCUUCUUUGGCAAUCUGCAGAUUGUGCGCCUGAUGUUGAGAUACAAUAGCAUCGAACGUGUGUCCAACGGGUGGCUAAAUGAGCUCGAGAAUAGUCUAGUGGAGAUCUUCAUAGUGGAGCCACAGCUGCGGAGCAUCCCAUCGGAGAGCUUGAACGGCAUGAUCAACAUGCUGGCCAUCACCAUCCAGAGCGAUGAGUUAAAGCAUCUGCCCGACUUCUCCGGUCUGCUCAGUCUGACCUAUAUGAGUGUGCAGAGCGGAUCCCUGACUGAGUUGCAACCACAUAGCUUCCGGCAUCUGCCCAAGUUGCAACACAUACACAUCACUGGGGGCACGGGUCUGACACGGCUGGAGGCGGGCCUAUUCGAUGGCUUGAUAUCGCUGAAGAAUCUGGAUCUUAGUCGCAAUGGUCUCAACUGGAUUCACUUGCGUGCCUUGGCAAGGUUGCCCAAUUUGGUUAGUUUGAAGCUGUCGCAUAAUCAGAUCAGCGAUGUGGGCAUGAUUGGACGCAUUGUCAAGGAUUUGGAGCAUUUGAAGAAGCUGCGCUUGGAUCACAACAUCAUCAAUGUUAUUGAGGAUGGAUCCUUUGUCGAUUUACCCAAUCUUUCCGAGCUGCAUCUGAAUGAUAAUCGCAUCACAGAGUUGCAAUAUGGCGCCUUUCUCGGCACCCCACAAUUGAAGACGAUUUAUCUGCACAACAAUCUUAUCCGACGCAUCCAUCCGGAAUCAAUGCUGCAGUCCUCCGGCAGCGGGGUCGAGGCCGUGCACAUCUACAACAAUGAGAUUGCCCAUGUGGAGGCACUGCGUGCUCUGUUGGAUGCUCUGCCCACACUGCGCUUCCUCGAUAUGAGUAGCAAUCAAUUGAGUGAACUGCCCUAUGGAGCUCUGCGUGGCCAUGGCACCCUGGAGCAACUGCAUCUCAAUAACAAUCAGUUGCGGCGAAUUGAACGUGAUGCCUUGAUGGCAAUGCCCGCUCUGCGGGAACUGCGCAUGCGCAACAAUAGUCUUAGCUCCGAUUUGUCAUUGCCCUUUUGGAAUCUACCCGGUCUGAAGGGCCUGGAUUUGGCGCAGAAUCAAUUCGUUCGUGUGGAUGCACAGCUGCUGGCGGGUUUGCCGUCACUGCGUCGUCUGGAUCUCAGCGAGAAUGGGCUUAAGGAUCUGGCUGCCAACAGUUUUCGGCACAACGGUCUGCUGGAAACGCUCAACAUAUCCUCCAAUGAGCUGAGCCGCAUUCAACCGGGCACUUUUAUGCAUUUGGAACGUCUCUUCGAGGUGGAUGCCAGUUUCAAUCAGCUGACGGUUGUUAUUCCAGGCCUGCCCCAAAUUGUGGAACGUAUUUCGUUGCGUGGCAAUCGGAUUACCGCUUUGCCCGCCGCUGGCAGCAAAUCGCUGCAGCUGCCUAAUCUGCGCAUGCUGGAUCUCAGCCAGAACCGCAUCGAGCAGCUGGCGCGUCAUGGAUUCCAGGCGGCGCCGGAGCUGCGUGUCCUGAGUCUGGCGCAGAAUCAGCUCCGCCUACUGGAGGACACGUCAUUCUUGGGCAUCCAGCGUCUGGAGCUGCUCCACCUGCAGGACAAUCAGCUGGGCCAGGCGGAUGAGCGUGCACUACUACCGCUUGCGGAGCUGCGCAAUCUCAAUUUGCAGUCCAACAAACUGGAGUCCGUCACGGACAAUUUUUUCUCGAAUAACAGCCGGCUGGAGCAGCUGGAUUUGUCCCGCAAUCUCAUACGCACCAUUUCACCCACCGCCUUCGAUAACCAGCGGUCGCUGGAGUACCUGGAUCUGUCCGGCAAUGCACUACUGGACAUCUCCGUGGGUCUGGGCAAUCUGCACAGUCUGCGGGAUGUGGAUCUGAGCUACAAUCAGAUCACACGUGUGCACUCCGAUGUGGUCAAUAACUGGCGCAAUGUGGUCGAGAUACGUAUGUCCAAUAAUCUGAUUGUGGAACUGCAGCAGGGCACAUUCAGAAACUUACCCAAGUUGCAGUAUCUGGAUCUCAGCAGUAAUGAGAUUGCCAGCGUGCAACCAGGAGCCCUCAAGGGUCUGGAUGAGCUGCAGGAGUUUGUGCUGGCCGACAAUAAGCUGGUCGAGCUGAAGGAUCAUGUUUUCGAGGAGCUGCCCUCGCUACUGGCCUCACAUUUUCAAUACAAUAAACUGCGCUUCAUCUCACCGGAGAGUUUUCAUCAUGCCAGUUCGCUGGUCUUCCUUAAUCUGUCCAACAACCAUUUUCGUAAUAUGGAGAACAUUGGAUUGCGCAGCAUGCGCAACCUGGAGGUAUUGGAUCUAUCCACCAAUGGUGUAAAACUGGUCUCAACCAUGCCACUCAAGGCACUUAAUUGGCUGGUCGAGCUGAAGAUGGACAACAAUCAGAUAUGCAGAAUACAGGGCUCCCCCUUUGAAACCAUGCCCAGAUUGCGAGUUCUAUCCAUGCGCAAUAACCAACUGAGAACCAUCAAGGAGCGAACGUUUAGGAAUCUGAGAGGCAACAUUGCUAUACUUGAUGUGGAUGGUAAUCCCAUUGAUUGCAAUUGUGAGAUGCAGUGGCUCUCUGUCUGGCUGCAGGAGACGAAUUUCCCCUAUCCCGGACCGAAAUGCAAGGAUGGUCGACUUCUGCGUGCUGCUCGCAUGGAGCGCAGUCUGUGUGCCGGCCUGGAGCUGUUCAAGGGUGGCGAGAACAAUGAUCGCAACGAUGGCGAUCAUUUGCCACUGCUUAACGAGCAUGGCGAUGUCUUCCAGCGUGAUCUGCCCGACGAGUUCAAUGAUGAGUGCGAGGCAAAUGGCGAACGACCGAUGGUGGGCGACAGUGAAUACUUCUACGAUCAGUAUGUGGACUCCACGGAUGUGCCGGAUGCCAGCAAUGCAGUGGGCAGCAGCUCACAGCGACCCCGUCCGACGUCGGUGGCAAGUGGCAACAUUGAUCUGAACAAUACGCUGCUGCACACCAAAUACUUUAAUAGACGACCACAGCCUGGUGACGGCGUUGGAUCACCGUUCACCUUCUUUGGCUAUCCCAUACCCAGUCUGAGUUUGGGUCGCUUCUUUGGCUUUGGCGACCGUGGACGCAAACAGCGCACAGAUCAGGACGAUGCAAUGCCAGCCACACAUCGCAUGGCGCACAUCAACUUGCCACCGACUGGACGAGGAAAGACGAGGAUGUAUCAGCCGAACAGCGCCGAAUUCGAGAAGUAUUUGCGGGAGCAGCAGCAACAACAGCAACAACAGAAUGCUCGGAAUCGUUAUGGUGCGGCCGAGGUGGUCACCAACUCAGCGGAAGAGGCGCAGAGCAAUGAGAGUGGCGCGGCGACAACUGUUGGCGUUUUUCGCACCACAUUUCGUGAGCCGACGAGCAUCGAACGCGGUGGCUUUCGUCCAAUUGUGCCCGCCCAUGUGGGCGGUUUUAUGCCAGUGCCUGAUCCACAAAAGCGUCGAGGCCUGGUGGAGCCCGUAAAUGUCACCAGCAAGCCACACUUGGAGCAUCACUUUGUGCCCAUAGCGGUGCGGCAGGAGAAGUCGGAGACACAGGCUCAUCCCAGCCCCACCACCAGCAGUUCAGAGAGCAGCGAGACGGUCACCUACUACGUGACCGAAACGACGACCGACUUCACCACACCGAUGCCAGUGGUGCUAAGCACAAGGCCAAUCUCAACUACACGCACCACAGCCAGAACUACAACCCGAAGCUUAACAAGUAGUUCGACCACAACCACAACAGAAGUACCCCAAAGCAGCGCCUCCAGCGAGCAACAAGAUGUGAACUCCCAGUACGACGAUGAUGAGGAUUUGGAGGCGCAAUCGGUAACGCUGCUCCGGCCACCGAAACUGUAUCAAACAACAACAGCAGAAACCAUAUUAUUAAUACCGCCAGCGGAAGAGCACGUGGCACAAAUCAAAAGUCAUUCGUGGGUAACGACAACGACAACGGAAGCACCAACUGAUUACAAGGCAACGCCCAGCAGCAGUGCUCAGGUGACCGCUGCGCCUGCGCGGGGAGCGGGUGCGGCGGCGGGAGGUGUACGCAGUCCCGGCGGCCGUUCGACCAUCACCAAGGUGUAUACACAACACCAACAACAGUUGGCACAGCCCACGGCCGAGGAGUAUCAACGCACCACGCCCAGCAUAGACAAUGAGAGCUUGGCCAGCGAGCAGCAGCUUAUUGCCAGGCAGGCACAGAAGCGCACCGAUACCCAGCCGGAGCCGGUGCUGGCGGAGCGCAAGGAUGGCAUGGAUUGGUACUACGAGAGCUUUAAAAAGAAGCGCGAUUUCACAGAACGCGGCUCAGCGUCCAACAAGGAGAUGGCCUAUGGCAAUGUAGUGCCGCCAGAGUUGAGUGGGAGUUUCAGUUGGAGUCGUGUGAACCGAAGGAAAAUCAUAUUUAUGCUGUUGUUGUUGCUGUGGAUUCGUUAAUAGAUAGCUGUGUUUGGGAGUGUUGUUUAUAAGU